UAUGUACUCAAUUGUUGCUGAUAUUGCUGUUGUAGCUGUUGGGUCAUAUGCUGUUGCUGCAUUUGCUGCUGAUAUUGUUGUUGUAGCUGUAGGGGCAUUUGUUGUUGUUGUUGUUGUAGUUGCUGCUGCAUUUGCUGUUGCAUUUGCUGCUGCAUUUGCUGCUGACCUUGCUGUUGUGGCUGUUGAGGCAACAUUUGUGGUUGCACUUGUUGAUAUUGCUGUUGUAGGGGUUGGGACAUCUGUUGUUGUUGCUGUUGUUGUUGCUGGUGUUGAUGUUGAGGAUGUUGAGUGUGUUGAGAAUGUUGGGGAUGUUGUACAUGCUGCGCAUGUUGAGCAUAUUGAGUAUGCUGAGGAUGCUGAGGAUGCUGAGGAUGCUGAGGAUGCUGAGGAUGCUGAGGAUGUUGACUAUGUUGAGGAUGUUGAGGAUGCUGAGCAUGUUGUGGAUGUUGAGGAUGUUGUGUUUGUUGUGCAAGUUGCUGAUGUUGUUGGUGUUGCUGGUGUUGAUAUUGCUGAUGUUGUAAGUGUUGCGGAUGUUGUGAUUGUUGCUGUCUUUGACGACGUUGAUGUUCUUCUUCAUAAUCCCUUCUUGUUGUGGGCAUUUGUUUAUCGGGUGUCUGACUAA